AUGUCAAGCGAAGGACCAUGUAUUGGAAUUGAUCUUGGAACCACAUACAGUUGUGUUGGUGUGUGGCAAAACGACCGUGUCGAGAUCAUAGCAAAUGAUCAAGGCAAUCGGACAACUCCCUCAUACGUCGCAUUCACUGAAAGCGAAAGACUAAUUGGAGAUGCAGCUAAAAACCAAGUUGCAAGAAACCCUGAAAAUACAGUUUUUGACGCUAAAAGAUUGAUUGGAAGAAAAUUCAACGAGCCAGUUGUACAAAGUGAUAUGCGACUUUGGCCUUUUAGAGUUAUCUGUGGAGCUGAUGAACGUCCUCAGAUUGUUGUACAAUUCAAAGGCCAAGAAAAAAGAUUUUACCCAGAAGAAAUUUCUGCUAUGGUACUCACAAAAAUGAAAGAAACAGCUGAAGCUUAUCUUGGGAGAUCAGUAAAAAAUGCUGUUGUCACUGUCCCUGCUUACUUCAAUGACUCUCAAAGACAAGCUACCAAAGAUGCAGGAACUAUAGCAGGACUUGAAGUAAAGCGAAUUAUCAAUGAGCCAACUGCAGCAGCUAUUGCAUAUGGACUUGAUAAAAAAGGCCAAGGCGAAACAAAUAUUCUUAUAUUUGAUUUGGGUGGCGGGACAUUCGAUGUAUCGUUACUUACUAUUGAUGACGGGAUUUUUGAAGUAAAAGCAACGUCAGGAAACACCCACUUGGGAGGAGAAGAUUUUGAUAAUCGAAUGGUAGAAUUUUGCGCUAAUGAUUUUAAGAAAAAAAAGGAGCUGACAUAA